ACGCAAUUCAACUUUCUAUCAAUGUUUCCUUUUUGUUUGCACACCUUCGUCACAAGCUGCAUGCGCUCUUCCACCGGCAUAUUAGACAAAUAUUUGUUUCGGCACUGUGCGCCCACGUGUCGCACAGGAAACCAAUUCAAAGUCCUGACAUGCACAGAAUAAACCCAUGGGCAAAGUCGAAUGUCAAGAGUCGCUCAAAGGCCGCUGAGAAGUCCGUCUUGCCGCUGACCAACCAAUCCUCCUCCUCCACCAAUGCUUCGUCUUCCUCCGCAGCACCACCUGGAUCCGCAACACACAAUCGGCUUCCGAGUCACCAUGCCGAUUUCAUUAGCGGCAGCAAGGCAACCAGAAACAAUGUUGCAGACGAUACAUCCUCGAACUCGCCGCCACCUGCCCCUCCGCCCGUCAAUACGCAGGCUUCGGGAGCGUCAUCUACCUCCUUAGACAAUGAGAAGUUGCAGGAGGACCAGAAGCCCGGUUGGGCCUCUCGUCUUCAUGCUGGUUCCAAACGAUUUAUCAUUCAUACUAAGGAUGCCAUAACAUACAGUUGGAUCAAUGUCCUACUCAUAUUCGUUCCCGUUGGCAUUGCCUGUAAAGCUGCCGGGCUGAGCCCGAGUAUCAUUUUUGCUAUGAACGCCAUAGCUAUCAUUCCACUGGCUGGUCUACUUAGUCAUGCUACUGAAAGUGUUGCCAGUCGCUUGGGCGACACCCUAGGUGCUCUUCUUAACGUAUCAUUUGGUAAUGCUGUCGAGCUUAUCAUAUUCAUCAUUGCAUUGGUUAAGAAUGAAAUCCGCAUUGUGCAAGCUUCACUGCUUGGAUCAAUCCUUGCAAACCUGCUGCUGAUUCUUGGAAUGGCUUUCCUAUUUGGUGGCCUUCGCUUCCGAGAACAGAUAUACAACAGCACCGUCACGCAGAUGAGCGCUUGUAUGCUCAGCCUGAGCGUUGUUAGUCUUCUAUUACCAACUGCUUUCCAUGCGUCUUUCUCAGACAAUGCCAACGCUGACAGAACUACACUCAAGAUCAGUCGUGGUACUAGUGUAGUUCUACUACUGGUCUACAUUCUUUAUCUUCUCUUCCAGCUGAAGUCUCACGCGUAUCUGUACGAGAGUACCCCACAGUCUGUCAUCGACUUGGAAUCACAUCCUGGUGUUUUGCAUGAUAUGCUCAACUCUAGCUCGUCAAGCUCAUCAGAUACCUCGAGCUCAAGCGACACUGAUAGCUCAAGCGGCUCUCACAAGACUACCAAGCGAAUUAAGAGGAUGAUGAGGCGUAAGCGUAGAAAGUCGAGCGCUAGCUCGAAAGAAACAACGUCGACACCAUCGACCACCAUCAAUUCUCCUUCGCCUGAGGUCCAGUCGAGUCUAGCUUACUUCGACACACAGCGGAACAUGUCCGUAUCAUCGAACCCUGAGGCCAAGUCUCGUCGCAUCUCGAUGUCCAAUGCGGUUAUGAGCGGCGACGAAGCUGAUAUGGAGACCGAACCUAGGAUGCCCAGAACAAACUCAGAAGGCACUACGAUCCGAGAUUUCCAGCCUGAAGGAGUAGUGUCUCCUUCUAAAAGCCCCGAGAGAUCCAAAAGUAAGAAACAGAAGAAGAAGGAGAAGAAGCAUCACAAAGGUAAGAAUACGACUUAUACCGAUGAUGUACCCGAACCCCCGAAACACCAAGAAUCUUUUAGCGGCCUGGCUAAUAUCUCCACGACUACAUCGCCCACAGAUGUAGACAUUGUUGGACCGAGAGUAGGCUUCGCAGAUGAAACCCUCGAAGACUCGAUGAAUACUCCUGCGAACCAAGCUCGCCGCCCAUUCAAUAUUCGUCAAUUUUCUACUCGGCAAGGAACGCUUAGACCAAGUAUGCCCACUUUACUCUCGAACAACGUUUUUGUUAUGCCACCUCCUGAGAACCCUCAACCUUCUAUUGGUGCACCGAUGAUCCCACGGGUCGCGCACCACCGCCUUCGCAAGACUACAUCUCUUCCGGAUCGCCUGAACAGACAAGCGUCUCAGGCAUCGCAGAUUAGACCUUCUGGUCUCCCAGGAACCGGUAUACCACUUGUGAAAGACGAGGAGAAGCCCCAAAUGUCCAGAACUGCUGCGGUCAUGCUACUAUUGUUCUCUACUGGUCUCGUCGCAGUUUGCGCUGAAUUUUUGGUUGACGCAAUUCCUCAAUUGACUGAGUCUGGUGGUUCCGGUGUGAGCGAAGCAUUUAUUGGUCUCAUCAUCCUUCCCAUCGUUGGUAAUGCGGCUGAGCAUGUCACUGCUGUUACAGUAGCAGCGAAGAACAAAAUGGACCUGGCUAUUGGUGUUGCAGUCGGUAGUAGCAUCCAGAUCGCCAUCUUCGUCACCCCUCUUGUCGUCAUUCUCGGAUGGUGCAUGAACAAGGACAUGACCUUGUACUUCACUCUGUUUGAGACCAUUUCACUGUUUGCUUCAGUUUUCGUGGUCAACUUCUUGGUCUUAGAUGGAAGGAGCAACUACCUUGAAGGCGCGCUCUUGAUCGCAGCUUAUGUGAUCAUUGCUGUUGCUGCUUUUUUCUACCCUGACGAAGAGUCUCAGAGUUCUGUUGGCGGCAACCCCGAUAACGGAUCUCCACAACUACUGAAAAUGCUUCUUCGUCUCUAGGGCGUAGACAUGGUAUUAAAGGGCCAAAUAAUACAGGGCCAGGUCAGAUGGGAUCGGAUGAGCGAAUACGUAUAGGAGCGCAUGUUUCAUAUUCACUUGAGUCUUGAAUAUUACCUCAAUGCAAUGGUGCGAAUUGCGAGAAAAAGGAACACGAGCGUAGAAGCAGUUUUCCGCGUCUCAGACAGACAGACUUAAUUCUAUCUUCAAGUACGGUAUUGGCAUUCGCGUACCUGCUCCCUUUUCACCAUACUUCAUGUUCUUAGAUCUAAAAUG